AUGGAGGAGAAAGAGGAAGGUAGAGUGGUGAACGGGACUGCAGUAGAAGGCUACUGGUGGUGGGCAGCAGCCAGCUCCGCGCAAUUAGGUUUGGGCAUCUCGGCAAUCAAAAGGGGCUAUGCCGGCGAUUCGACCCUCAUGCCCUUCAAGGCCUUCGCCGUCGCUUCCAUCUUCGUCGGCGCCGCUGCCUCCGCCGCCGCGGCAUCCCUUCUUUAUUCCGGCGUCCACUCCGUGGAAGAUAUGAAGACUUUAGGGGCAAAUAUAAGGACUGGACUAGGAGUACGUCCUAGGCCUCGUCACGAUUAG